AAUUCAGUUGUGAUUCUACCCUGUUCUAGGAAAGAACUUUUUUUUUUUGUUUUGUUUUUACAUAGAGUGAUAUCGACAAAGUUAAAAUUCUAUUUUCAUCAUCAACAUGGAUAUUGAUAUAGGAUAUAUGGACUUAAUAAAAAUGGGCUUUAAGAUGGCAGUCCACAAAAUACAACAACGUCGCUUAGUCACAAACGAAACAAAUCUCGUCGGCACAACCGAUGGAAAAGUCAAAGGUGUCAAAAGAAUAUCAACUUACAACGAUUCAUAUCACAGUUUUGAAAAUAUACCAUUUGCAAAGCCACCAAUUGGUGACUUAAGGUUCAAAGCUCCACAGCCAUGUGAGCCAUGGGAAGGUGUACGAGAUUGUACAUCCGGUGGCAAUAAACCACUUCAAGAACAUAUAAUAUUUGGAAAAGUCGAUGGAUCCGAAGAUUGCUUACAUUUAAAUGUGUAUGUAAAGAAGCUUCUUUCUGAAAAACCUUUGCCAGUAAUGGUUUGUGUUUAUGGUGGUGCUUUUCAAGUUGGAGAAGCUUCAAGGGAUAUUUAUAGUCCAGAUUAUUUUAUGAGAGAAGAUGUCAUACUCGUAGUAGUUUCAUAUCGUUUAGGACCCUUAGGUUUUAUAAGCUUCAACGACCCUAGCUUAGAUAUCCCCGGUAAUGCUGGCUUAAAAGAUAUUGUUAUGGCUCUGCGAUGGGUGAAAAAAAAUAUUCAGUACUUCAAUGGUGACUCAAAUAAUAUAACAGUCUUCGGUGAGAGUGCAGGUGGAGCAUCAACACACUACAUGAUGAUUACAAAUCAAACAAAAGGGCUAUUUAACAAAGCCAUUGUACAAUCAGGCAGUACUCUUGCAUCAUGGGCAGUAACACCUUACAGUAGUUAUCCUUUUAGGCUUGCAAAAGCAGCAGGAUAUAAGGGAGAAGAAAAUGAAAAACAAAUUUGUGAGUUUCUAAUGAAAUGUAAUGGGAAAAAAAUUAUAUCUGCCCAAAAGAACCUACUCACUGACGAAGAACGUCGUGAUCGCUUAAUAUUUGUUUUUGGGCCAGUUAUUGAGCCAUAUGUGACAAGUCAUUGCGUUGUACCAAAACAUCCUCGAGAAAUGUUAAAAACAGCUUGGAGUAAUAGCAUUCCACUGAUAAUUGGUGGAUGUUCAUUUGAGGGGCUUUUCAAUUAUUCAGAAACGAUAAAAGCUCCAGAAAAAGUCAAUGCCUUGGGAGACUGCCAACAUCUUGUACCACCAGAACUUUCUCAAGAUAGAACAACUGAUCUUUGCAAGGAGCUUGGUUUAAAGCUUAAAAAAGCUUAUUUUGGAGACAAUCAACCUUCAAUGGAACAUCUUUUCUCAUAUUUAGAUCUCAUGUCGUAUAGACUUUUCUGGCAUCCAAUUCAUCGCACGGUCUUGUCACGUUUGACUUACGCUACUGCACCAACUUACUUAUAUCGUUUCGAUUUUGAUUCGGCCUUCUUCAAUCACUUUAGGCUAUUGAAAUGUGGAAAAAACAUUCGAGGUGUUUGUCACGCAGAUGAUUUAUCAUAUCUCUUCUACAAUACAAUUUCUGUCAAACUUCAAAAAGAUAGUCCUGAGCAAAAGACCAUCGAUCGAAUGAUUGGAAUUUGGACACAUUAUGCUGCAACAGGAGAUCCAAAUACGGAUCGCAUACAACCAGCUGUAUGGAAACCAGCUGAACUUAAUGAAUCUCCAAGAAAGUGUCUUAAUAUAAGUCAUGAUGCUAAAAUUAUUGAUUUGCCUGAAGCAGACAAGUUGAAAAUUUGGGACAGUUUGUACAGCAAAGAUUUGUACUAUACCUAUUGCCUCCCCAAUUUACUCGCAGGACUAUCUGCCAGAACUAGAUACUCUAUUGAACACUUUUCAGCAAUAUACCAAAAACGUUUUUCGAAAACCUUGCAGCAAUACACAUUAGAGUGCGUCGUGAUUAUGGCCGCAUUCAACAUUUCAUUUGCGGAUCAGUUAAAAUUAGCUUUCAGAUAUGCUAAAUUUAAAUGUCGGCAGACGAGACAGAGAACAAAUGAAAAAGUGGAAUGUUCUACGACUUAUGGUAGAGUUCGUGGAGUGAAAUGGCUUUCUAUUUACGGUGGAGAUUAUAUUAGUUUUGAAGGAAUUCCGUAUGCUAAGCCACCACUCGGCGAACUUCGUUUUCGUGCUCCCCAAGAACCAGAGCCAUGGGCAGGUGUAAAGAAAUGCACUAAAGUACGCGAAAAACCAACACAAAUGAAUAUAGUAAUAGGAAUGGUACAAGGCAGUGAAGAUUGUCUCUAUUUAAAUGUUUUCACAAAAGAUCUUAAUCCUUCAAAACCAUUGCCAGUUCUUGUGUGGAUUUAUGGCGGUGCUUUUCAAAUGGGCGAGGCUUCACGAGAUGUAUACAGCCCAGACUAUAUUAUGCAAGAAAAUGUAAUGCUUGUUACAAUCACAUACCGUUUAGGACCGAUGGGUUUUAUGUCAUUUUCGGAUCCAGAGGUGGGUGUUCCAGGCAAUGCAGCCUUGAAGGAUCAAGUUAUGGCUCUAAAAUGGGUAAAAAAUAAUUGCAAGUUUUUUGGAGGCGAUCCGGAUAACAUAACUGUUUUUGGUGAAAGUGCUGGAGGAUGUUCGACCCAUUACAUGAUGCUUACCGAACAGACAAAAGGACUUUUCCAUAAGGGAAUUGUUAUGUCUGGUAGUGCGGUUGCACCUUGGGGUAAUAUUCCACAAAGAAACUGGAGUUAUAGGCUUGCUAAAUCUGCGGGAUACACUGGAGAAAACAAUGACAAAGAAGUUUGUGCGUUUCUGACCAAACUCAAACCAAAUGAAAUGUACAAACAAUCUGAGAAAUUACUUACAAAAGAAGAAAGACAUGAAAGAAUUCCAUAUUGUUUUGGACCAAUUGUGGAACCGUAUGUGAGUAAUGAGUGUGUUAUUCCUAAGAAUCCGGUUGAAAUGAUGCGUGAGGCAUGGAGCAAUACGAUUCCUAUGAUUAUUGGAGGCAAUUCUUUUGAAGGGUUACUAAUGUUUUCGGAAGCGCGAAGAUUUCCUGAUAUGGUUGAAGAAUUAGGAAAUUGUGAAAAAGUUGUACCUUACGAUGUCUCUCUAACAGAAGAAGAAAGAACGAAUUUCGGUCUAAAGAUAAAGGAGGCGCAUUUCGGAGAUGCUGAACCUAAUUUAAAGAAUCUUCUUCAAUACAGCGAUAUUUUCUCAUAUAAAUAUUUUUGGCAUGGAAUUCACAGAACAAUGCUUUCUCGCAUGAAAUACGCCAGUGCACCGACUUACGUCUAUCGAUUUGAUUUCGAUUCGAAAAAUUUCAAUCAUGUUCGAAUUUUCAUGUGCGGUAGAAAAAUGCGGGGAACUUGUCAUGGUGAUGAUUUGUCGUAUCUUUUUUAUAAUGGCAUUGCAAAAAAAUUAAACCAUGAAAGUCGAGAAUAUAAGAUGAUUCGAACAAUGGUAUCGCUUUUGACAAAAUUCGCUGCCACAGGAGAUCCCAAUAUUUCUUCGGACAAAAGUGAUAUAAAAUGGACACCAAUACACAAAAAUCAAGAAAUUUUUCAAUGUCUAAAUAUAUCUGAUGACUUGGAGAUGAUUGAUUUACCUGAAAGUAAAAAACUUGAAUUAUGGGAUAGUAUGUACCCAAAGGAAUUGUUAUACUGAACUACUUAUACAAAUGCAAAUAUAAUUA